AUAAAUGAUGCCCACUCGCGGCCUGCGACCAGAUCGCCGCCGCGAGCGCUGGCUGGCGGGGCGGUCACCGGGCCAACCGCGCCCGGCCCCGCGCGACCGGCUCCCCCCACCUGCGGCCGCGAGCGCGGAGCUGCGGGCGCGAAGAUGGCGAGGCGGCGACGGGGCGCGGGGCCCCUCUGGGCGCUGGGGCUCUGCCUCGCGAGGGUCGCCGGGCAGCUGGUGGAGCCCAGCACGGCCCCGCCCAAGCCCAAGCCGCCCCCGCUGACCAAGGAGACGGUGGUGUUCUGGGACAUGCGCCUCUGGCACGUGGUGGGCAUCUUCUCACUCUUCGUGUUGUCCAUCAUCAUCACUCUGUGCUGCAUCUUCAACUGCCGCGUGCCCCGGACCCGGAAGGAGAUUGAAGCCCGCUACUUGCAGCGGAAGGCCGCCAAGAUGUACACGGACAAACUGGAGACGGUGCCCCCCCUCAAUGAGCUCACGGAGAUCCCUGGAGAGGAUAAGAAGAAGAAGAAGAAGAAGGACAGUGUGGACACCGUGGCCAUCAAGGUAGAGGAGGAUGAGAAGAACGAAGCCAAGAAGAAGAAAGGGGAGAAAUGAGGAGGGCUUCCUGGAGGUGGCAGCCCAGGCUGGCUAGCCCUGGGGCUCAAGUUCUGGCCAGGGUCCGGGCAUCUUGGACUCCCAGCACAUCCGUGGACUAGAGAGAUUGCAGAACACCCUCUUCUUGGCUUGGAGGGGCCUGCUGAGGCCCCAUCCUGACAGCCCACUGGGGGGCAGGGGCAGGACUGCACCUGGCAUCCUGCCUCCCAGCCUGGACUCCAAUUCUUUCACCUCAUCCACGUGGCCGCUCAGCAAAGGUGGUCUUGGGCCACUGUCCCCCUGCAGAUCCGGAGUGGGGUGGCCUUGCCCCCACCCAGACAUGCCUCUGUCCCUGCUUCCAGGAACAGCAGUGGCUCUGCGGGGCUGACGGGACGUGGCUUGCCUCUUAGAAGGAGACGGCAGAACUGGAGGGGCUGGAGUGUGACGCCACAGCCAGGCUGGCCAGUGGGGAG